CCGACAGUCAGAAUCGCCUAAGCAUUUCUCUAUAAAUACCAGCCUCCUCCUCCCAUCCCAAUUCACAAAUCGCCCAAGUACAGCUUCUCCACACUGAGCCUAAGCAUCGGCUUGCUAUCAACUCAUCUCAACUCCUCUCCAAAUCACCAUCAGCAGCUACCAGAUGGCUCGCUUCGCCGUGGUAGCCGCCAUCCUCGCCCUCCUCGCAGUCGCCGCCGCAGCGCAGGGCCCCAUGCCGGCGCCCAGGAUGGCCCCGCUGCCGGCCCCUCCGGCAAGGUCCCCGGCCACUGCUCCUGCGCCGGUCGCCACCCCGCCCACCGCAGCGUCUCCGUCCCCGAUGGCCUCUCCACCGGCCCCGCCCACCGAUGCCCCGACGGACGCUCCCUCCUCGAUGACGCCGUCCGCGGUCUCCGCCACACCCUCCGGCGCUCCCAUCGGCGCCCCCACCGGCACCCCCGCGAGCUCCGCCGUGUACUCAUCCGCCGCCAGCUUCGUCGCAGUCGCCGGAGCUGUCGCCGCCGCCAUCGUGUUCUAGAUGCAGCGACGACUCUGCUUGCUGUUGUCUAUACAUUGUUUCUGAUAUUCUUUACUGCUUCCUUCGUCCCCCAUAAUAUAAGAGCGUUUACUGUCGAAAACAUUUUUAUAUUAUGAAACAGAGGGUGCAAUAUUAUAAAUUUAGGAAAGGUUACACGACAUUGCGAUGUAAUCUUGUUAUGAGAUUAUUAUGAAUAUAAAAUUCCUUCAUUUGUUCCCA